UCGUUUGCUCCAAUUUUUCUACACCGUAGAAACUGACUGCGGAAAGAAACAUAUAUAUUUGAGCACGACUUAGAUCGAAAAAAUGUUACCCACUUCAAAGCAGUGUGCGGGAUGUUGGGUCAUUCUGGUUUUUGUUAUUUGCGGAUGUAUUUGCAGUGAUAGUCCCGAACCGAGUAAACGCGCACGGGCUAAUCAGCCGGACGAUCCUCUGCCGGCGUCCAACCCACCCGGCGGGCAGUCAGCUACGCAUUUGCACGGACAUAGGCUUGGCGGCAACGACGAUGCCGAAGGAGAAGGCGACGACGGGGAGAACGAAAACGAGUCGGAAAAUAACGGGAAUAACAAUACAGGAAAUACACCCUAUCCUGUAAAUGCUCGACCGGCAAAAUCUGGAGCGGGAAGCUCAUCCUCGGGUUCAGCCGAAGCGGCGGAAACGCCAAUUGCUCCGCCUCCUGAACCAGCGCUGCCUCCAUUGGUCGUUAUUGGUGAACCUGUGCAAACAUUCGCUGGUCAGCUGCAACACCGUCCCUCUCCAGCGGUCAACAAGCACUUGUUCGCCUACCAUCAAAAAGCCCAUCUCAAAGCUCCAGUCUGCUGUGGAAAAAAGGCUCCCAGUCCGUACAGUGCGCCACUGACAUCCCAUCAAGAAAAGACCAGCAUUUCCCAAGUCCAGCUGGUAUCCGUGGCGGCACCGUCUGCACCAUUGACUCCCAAACAACCGGUCGCCGCCGCGAGAAUCGUCAAUGAAAAACUCGUUCAGGUAGUCGCCCUCCCGGUAUCAAAAGUGCAACCUAAUCGGUUACCACCUGGAGAAAAUGUCGUCAUUGGGAAACAAAUCAUCAGUGUGGCAUCUCAUCCGAAAUCAAUCCCGGAAAAGCCUGCCGCACCGGCCGCUUUUUCCAGUAACGUCGCCUCACAGAAUCAGCUACAGAUUGUGACAAUAGCCUCUCCGGGUGUGCCUCCGACACCGUUGGCCGCUCAGCCCAUUGUGCUGCUGGAACGACAGAUUGCUGCCAAACAUAUCCACGCUCCCGGGUCAAUUCAUCCGCCUACGGUUCCGGCUUCCCCUGCGGUUGCUGCCGCUAAUCAUCACGCCACUUCGCUAAAUCAAGUACAGAUUGUCGCCGUGCCCGGUUCGCCGGCUUCGGCGCCUCCCGCAACACCCGGCGCAGUUGUGGAGAAGCAAGUGCAGAUUAUUUCCACAUCGGUAGCAGCGCCAUCUACUCCACCUAAGCACAUACCUGCGGCAGCGCCAGCGCAUAUUGAAAAGGUCACCAAUGCACAACAGAUUCAGUUGGCCGCCAUUGCCGCUCCCAUUCAUCCAGCGCCGGGGAAAAUCGGAUUUUCUUAUCUCAGUCCACCGUCGCGGUUGCUCGGCAAGCAGUUCGGCAGUGUGUAUACGCUGCCAGCACCACCUGGACCCAGUAAUGUGUACCCCGUUCAACAUGCCACGCUGGGAAUGAGUUCGGUCGCGUACGGACCAAGUAAGAGUGAUCACCUUGAACAACCCGUGUAUCGCAUUAUAACUCCCACUGUUAUCCCAGCGCAUACCCUGUCGCACACCAAAUAUCGCGUUGCAGACUUCCACUCGCCGUUGGUGGGAUCCAUGUUGCCGGUGCCGCCGGGUUACAUUAAACACGGACAUGCCGGACAUACGGGCGCUGCUGCUAACCAAUUACAAGCUGUACAUUUAUCUCAACUGCAGAAUAAACACUACCCACAAGAACCCUCUGUCCCGGCCAGAAUUGCCGCAAAACAUGCUUAUCCAGCUGCACUGGGAGAAGUAAUCGUCUCCAUCAGUAAACCACCCGGUCUCGUUAUUCAACCAAAUUCACCAGCAUAUCCGCCUCCAGUCCCCACUAUCGUUACGCCGGUUGAGCAGCAGCCGACCCAGCCUAAUUCUCCACUUCUUAUCCCGUCCACACACGUCGACCCUUAUGCACCGGCUCCCGCGUAUCCGCCUCAGCCAACAGUCGACACGGGCUCCAGCUCCGUAGCCAUCUCGCAUAAUGAAGUGGCAAUUACACAACUGGACAGCUAUAUUUCCCCACCCUGCGCCCAAUCAGGAUUGUCGUACUGCUUUACGGAUCCGGACUAUCCUAUAGCGGAAAUUAAUGCGUACAUUACGACCUAUCCGGAGAGGUAUCAGAUUUUGCGCUCGAUGGUGACAUGGAAAACAAACGCACAGCAUGUCAGCGCUUCCUCUUCCCUUACCGCCAAUACCGCUUCUCAAGCAUCCGGCGAAGCUGCUGAGCCAGCACCAGCUGAGCCGACACCCACCGCUAGUAAUGCUACGGAAAUGUGCGUUUCCCAUGUCAAUCCAUCUGCAAAACUUUAUCGGGCGCUUAAUGCGCAUGAUAAAUGGAAAUGUAUUGUCCACUUGCCGGAAGCGUAUCAAGCUGCACAUUGUGACACCUGCGAUACGAAUCGCACCUGUAAAUAUGUCGACAGCAGGAUUCAGAGUCAGUGCGUACAAGAAUUCGUCCUACAGCAAAUGAUGGUUUACUCACCGGAAUUUGGCCUACAUUUGGACGAAAUGAAAGUGCCGCGAGGAUGCCAGUGUCGGCUAAUAGACACCGGCAGCCAUUAUCCACCACCUCCGCCACCGGUACCGACGGCUGGGUCAUACGUCAGCCCAACGGCUCAGCACUACUGAAUUCCAUAAUUUAUUGAACUCUAAUACAAAGACUCCUUAUUUUUUGUUGUUACAGUUUUUGGUUUAAUGUUCUGUGGACAACUGAUCCAAAUUUUUAUACAACAAAGCAAGCAGCUAAAAUAUUUUUGUGUGGCCUUUACGUUUCCAGAUCUGCAAUAAAUUA